ACCAGUGCAAAGGAUAAACUUUCCAGAAUUGUGAAUUUGCCGAAGAUUCCGAUCUUCCUCUUGACUGAAAUAAAAUACAGCUUUAGAAAUGUCGGCUAAAAAAGAGAGUAAGUCCGACCAGCAGCUUCAUCUUGCCGCCCUACAAGGAAAUCUUUCUCUCCUCAGGAGGACACUUGAUGGAGGCAAGGUCCACGUGGAUUGCAAAGAUAAGGAAGGGACAACACCGUUAAUUCUUGCCGCAGCGAACAAUCAUCUCCAUUGUGUAAGGGAACUUCUCGAACAAGGGGCACAAGUUGACGAAAGAAGAAAUACAGGGACGUGUGCUCUCUUCUUCGCAGCUCAAGGUGGUUUCUUAGAAAUAGUCAAGGAGCUACUUGAAAAGGAAGCAACAGUCGAUCUACCAAGCCAGGAUGGUGGCACUCCACUGUUUGUCGCUUGCCAGUGUAAUCACCUGGAUGUAGUCAAGGAACUAGUCGGGAGAGGGGCAAACAUACACAGAACUAUGAACGAUGGUGCGACCUCUUUGUUCAUCGCGUCUCAAAAUGGUCACUACAACAUGCUCAAGUUUAUACUAGAAAGAGACGGUGAUGUUAACCGACCAAGAUUGGAUAAGGCCACUCCUCUGUGGAUUGCUUCUCAGAUGGGACAUUCAGAUAUCAUUAAGGAGUUACUCGCUCAUGGUGCUAACAUUGAUGCGUCAAGGGAGGACGGUGCCACGCCCCUCUUCAAAGCAGCUCAUAAGGGUCAUGUCGACUGUGUUUCUGACUUGGUUAGUCACGGUGCGUCAUUAGGACUUCUAGAGAAUGGUGAGAGUGCGUUACACGCAGCAGCAUUAUUUGGUCAUCUUAAAGUAGUCAAGCAGUUGAUACAAGCAGGAGCAGACGUCAAUCUUAAAAACAAGGAGGGCGCCACAGCGUCGGAACUUGCCAGGGACGCAGGGUAUGACAUCAUCUCCGACUUCCUCUACAAGUCCAACUACUCGCCUCAUACCAUGGUCUAAGAGAAUCUCUCACUUAGCAGAGAACAACACUUAGCAGUAAUCAACACGGGAACUAAACAAGUUUAUAACUACACAGCAUUGGGCUAGUGACAUAUUUCUGCUAAGAAGAUAUUCCUUUUCUUACUUAGCGCGCUUGUCUCAGAGAAUCAAGAGUCCGACAUCUUCUCAUUUCAAGCUCCAUUUCGUAAAGCUCAUCCGCAGAGAACAACAACACCUCGUAACAAAUAUUUCUGCUUAGCAGUAAUCGGCUCAGGAACUGGUCAAAUUUAUAACUACACAGCAUUGGGCUAGUGAUUAUACUUCUGCUAAGAAGAUUUUCCUUUUCUUACUUAGCACGCCUGUGUGCACUCUGAAGCUUUCUGAAAUUGAGUGCAAUACCCUCCAUUAAAUGUCAUAGCUCUCCAGUAUUGGAAACUUAUUGAAAAUUAUUUGUAUUCCGAGUGUAAAUUUAGCCUUUAUUGUACAAGAGUAUAUCGUUGUUUUUUGUUAUUGUUGUGUCAACUAAAGGCCGGUUUAUAGUCGGCCGUGCGAUGGAAAUCUUGCGCGCGAUCGCAAGACUGAGGCCUGAAAACUGUGUCUUUUUAUGAUCGCGUCAAGAUUUCCAUCGCGCGACCAUCGCACGACUGACUAUAAACCAGCCUUAAUGUAGCACUUUCGUUCAUGUUAAGAUGGAGAUUUAUUUAUUUGUUUGCUUUUCUCAGUUAAAUUUUGAUUUUGUUUUUUUAGUUUAAAUUAGUUUAGAAAACCACCAACAGUAUGUGAGAAAUGUUUUUAUUUUUAUAUGUUCAUGUCUUCCAUGAGUGCUUGCUGAUGCUCAAGCCAUACUUUUACAGUUCUUUCAUUAUUUUUCCUCAAAAUUGUCCUCAUUUUAAAAAAUUUUUCUCAACAGUACAUUUAUUCACAGAAUAGAGGUUUUUUUAUGUAGGAUUGUUUGUUUUUUGCUGUGGAUAGAUUUUUAUUGUUUUAUCACAUUUAUUUAAAUGUCUGCCCAGUUAUGGUCACUUUUGUUGAGUUAACCAUUCUUUUCUCAGGGGUCUGGUUUGGUCAACUGUUUCUUUCUCUGCUUUUCAUCUCUGUGGACCCCAGUUCAUUACAGUCUGACAGUUUGGGUGGUACUUCUGCUAAGCAAGAGUUUCAAUGCUUAGUGAUUUUGUGUAACUAAGAGCUUUUUGAAACUGGGACGAGCAGCCGAUUUCACGAAUCGCUAGGAUUAAUCCUAUCUCGAGUUAAGACGAGUAACUCGUCCUAACUAAGGAUUA